UGGGUUUGUCAGCUCUAAUAAUAGUGUGGAUCAGGUUCUGGAUGGGAGGAGGAAGAGGAGGAGGAAGAGGAGGAGCUCUUUCUCUCUCAGUAUCUGUCGUUCUCCCAGUUCCCUCAUCUGGUCCGGAGGCUCUGGUUCUGGUUCUGGCUUGGUCCUGUCUUUGUGUUCCCCGUAGACCGUGAGGCGGUCCAAUGCAGCGCUACCGCCACUACGGCGCCUCCUACUCCUCCUCACCCUCCUCAGUUCCUGUAGAGGAGGUCCACGCCGAGGAGGAGGAGGCGUAUGAGGAGGAGGCGGAGCCGCUGAUACAGGAGGAGGAGGAGCCUGUGGUCCAGGAGGAGACAGGAGGCGUUAAUGAGGAAGAGGAGGUCCCACGGGCGAAGGAGGAGGCGCAGCCUGUCGUAGAGGAGGCCGAGGGGAAGACGCCGCCGGUGGAAAGCAAGAAUGGAAAGAGGACGGAGAGAGGAGGAGGAGGAGGUGGAGGAGGAGGAGGAGGAGAUGCAGGAGGAGGUUCUAAAUACUCCAUGUUUACCUGGUUUGUGGUCCUGGCUCUGCUGGGAGUCUGGAGCUCUGUGGCCGUGGUCUACUUCGACAUCGUGGACUACGACAGCGUCAUCGCCAGAGCUAAGGAGUUUCGUAUGAACUUUUCUGAAGUUUUACAAGGGAAACUGACGGCCUACGACACCGAUGGAGACGGAGACUUUGACGUAGAGGAUGCUAAAGUUCUGCUCGAUGAAAAGAAGUUGAAAGGUCCUGCUCUCAGAAGAGACAGGCUGAGAAAAGAAGACAAGAAAGAGGCGAAGAAGAAAGAAGACAAGACGUUAGAGGCCAGCGAUCAAGAGAUAAAACUCCCAAAAGACGACACAGGAGGGGAGUCUGCUGCUAAAAGCAACACAACCAGAGACCAGCCUGUCCGAGGCACCAGGCUGCGCUCCGCUCUGAGGGAGGAGCUGAGGAUGAUCCACGAGAAGAUGGAGGCCAAGAGGAUCGCUCGCAUCGCUCUGGCUGAGAUCAGGGCCUUCCUCGCUGAGGAGGAGGAGGAGAGGGAGGCCGCCUGGGCUCUGAAGAUGAAGAUGCUGGAGGCCGCUGAGGAGGAGAUGAGGGAGACUGAGAGGGAGAGGAUGGAGAAGGAGAAGGCGGAGAAGGAGAGGAUAGAGAAAGAGAGGAUGGAGAAGGAGAAGGCGGAGAAGGAGAGGAUAGAGAAGGAGAGGAUAGAGAAGGAGAAGGAGAGAGCAGAGAAGGACAGGGCGGAGAAGGAGAGGAUGGAGAAGGAGAAGGCAGAGAAUGAGAGGAUAGAGAAGGAAGCAAAGGAAAAAGCAGAGAAAGAGAGGAUGGCUCGAGAGAGGGCGGAAAAAGAGAGACAAGAAAUGGAGAGAUUGACCAAAGAAAAGGUAGCCAGAGAAGAGAGGGAACGACUAGAGCGAGAGCGUGCGGAGAAAGAAAAGAUGGAGAAAGAGCGUCUGGCCAGGGAACAGGAGAGGGCAGCCAAGGAAAAGGCGGAGAGGGAACAACGGGAGAAAGAAAGACUGGAAAGAGAGAGGGCCGAGAAGGAGAGGAUGGAGAGGGAAAGACUAGCCAGAGAGAAGGAGAGGAUGGAGAGAGAGAGGGCAGAGAAGGAGAGACUUGAGAAAGAAAGGAUCGCCAAAGAAAGAGCAGAAAAAGAAAGGCUGGAGAGGGAGCGUAUUGCCAAGGAAAGAGAGCAAAUAGCCAGAGAGAAGGAACGCCAAGAAAAAGAACGCAUCGCCAAAGAAAGAGCAGAAAAAGAAAGGAUGGAGAAGGAACGCGUCGCUAAAGAAAGGGAAAGACUCGAGAAGGAGAGGAUGGAGCGAGAGAGGGCCGAAAAGGAACGAAUAGCCAAAGAAAGAGCUGAAAAAGAGAGGCUGGAGAGGGAACAUAUAGCUAAGGAAAGGGAAAGAACCGCCAGGGAAAAAGAGAGAGCAGAAAAGGAAAGACUGGAAAAAGAGAGACUAGCCAGAGAGAAGGAAAAGAUGGAGAGAGCAGCCAGAGAGAAGGAAGAGAGGGAAAAGAUGGAGAGGGAGCGCAUCGCCAGGGAGAGGGCAAGAAUCGCUCAGGAGAAGGAGAGAUUAGAGAAAGAAAAAGCAGCUAAAGAGAAAGCAGAGAAAGAGAGACUGGAGAAGGAAAGGGCGGCGAGAGAGGAGAGGGAGAGGACGGAGAGAGCGGCGAAGGAAAGAGAGAGAGUCGCCCGGGAGAAGGAGAGGAUGGAACAGGCAAGACUAGAGAAGGAAAAGCUGGAGAAAGAGAAAGCAGCAAGGGCCGAAAAGGAGAGAGCGGCUCGAGAGAAAGAGCUGAUGGAGAGGCAGAGGCUUGCCAGAGAGAAGGCUUUUCGGGUUAAGAUGGAGGCGGAACGAGCGGAGAGGGAGCGCAACGCCACGAAGAAACAAGAGCCCCUCGAGAGGAAAACAAACGCCACGCAGGCGAAAGCUCCGGCGGCGGAGGAGAGGAGUGGCAGAGCGAGUGCGUCCGCAGUCCGGAGAGAGGAGAAGGCGGCUGCGAGCGGGAAGAAAAAAUGACCCCGCGGUACAAAGAUCUCAUAAAUGGUGCUAGAACUCUGAUUGGCUGCAGGGUCGGAGGAGGUGUGGCCUUCCUCUGUGACUGUCGGCUCUCGUUAAAAAGAGAUGUUAACCGCUAAAUGUAUAAAGGAUGCACACGUACGCCUCUUCCCGUAUUUAUAAAAGGAGAAUGUGUGAUAUUGUUUGUUAUCGGUAUGAAAAUAAGUCAGUAAUAAAGUGAGUUGUAAAUGAAACAAUAUCUGAUAUCUAAGUAUCGAUAUGCAGACGGGUUUUUAAUGGUGUUUCUAAAGUCCAUUUAUGGAUAAUUGAUUGAGAUUUAUAAGACAGAAGUAGACGUCUUUGUUUUAUGCAUCUGGCCCCUGAUGUAUUUUGUAUUAUAUUUUAGAGCAGAUGAUGUAAUUUAAAAGCCACCGGCUGCAGUAAAGUAAAAGAAAAGUUAAUAACGGACAAAAAAACAAAGUUCACCUUAUCUGAGGGAAUUUACUAAUGUUGUGGCCUAUAUAUCUGAAUGUAGAAAAUGGCUCAUAUUAUAACCAGAUGUGUCCGUUGUAUGAUGGUGUGUUCAGAUCAAUGCGAAGUACAUUUUCACCUGGCUCCAGGUGCAGACAGCUGAUGGGACCGUUAAGUAGCUAGUGGCAGCAGCUAAUACAGUUAGCACAUGCAGCAGUGCUGUGCCAGUCCCAGUUACAAGCCGCAGUUCCCGUUUGACGUUUGUUUUUCUGCGAAUAUCCGACACGUGAAAAGUGCGUUGACUCCUCUUCUCGGAUAGCUCCAGUUGCUACCUCGUGGUCUUAAAGUCCUUAACUAACCACGGUAAGAAACAACUUAGCAUUCAUCAGUGGUGAAUCAACACACACAGAACAUUUAACCAUUCAACCCAUCUUAAGUACUGGUGAUUGUUGCUAAUCAUAUAUAUAACAUGGUGUAUUGAUUGAUGGUGCAGUGGUUUAAGGGUGUUUCAGAAUUGAGUAUUCUUAAUCCUGAAAUGUGUCAGGCAGGUAAAAAGGGAAAUGUCCCCCACAAAAAAGUGUGAAAACUAUUCCUUUUAAAAUGAUCUGUUUGCUUAAAGCUUGAUCAUCCUGCUGUUUGUCUGUCUGCAUGCUGGGUUGAUGUAAAUGUUUUUAGUUUUAUUUUGGUGAAGAAAGAUUGUAAAUCUAGAGAAGCAGAAGAGUCGACCCCUGAUGUCUUAUCUCUGAUUCGUUCUCUGUUCUGUUGUUAUUCUGGUGUUAAGACCUCAUUACCAGAGCACGAACUCACUGAAGGGUUCAACUUAAGGAAUUAACUUACAGAUAGAGUUAUACUUGAGAUGUUUGCUUUUGUUUGGGUUUUUUUUCUCCAUGAGAUUCAGGUAGAGUCAGGUAGGAUCGUUCCUCGUACACAGGAAUGUUCUCCACUGCUCUGACUAGCUUUCUGGGAGUAUUUAUUUACUUUUAUUGUUAUAUGAGCAUUGGUUAAAUGUCAUUUAGUGCAUCUGGUGAGUAGAAGAAGGGUUGAGUUCAAUGCGAUAGCAGUUCAAACGUCUGCUGAACUCGUAAUAAGUGAUAUGUGCAGUAGAGACGUGUAGGGCACACAAUGUUUCACUCACAGGACACGAGAGCUGCAACUAAAGGUUAUUUUCACAAUCAAUCAAUUAGUUAUUUGGUCCAUUAAAUAGUCCAAAGCCAUAUGUGACGUCCUCAAAUGUCUUGUUUUGUCCACAACCCAAAGAAAUUCAGUCAUAGAGGAUUAAAGAAACCAGAAAAUAUUCAUGUUUAAAGGUCCAGCAUGUAAUAUUUAGUCAGAAUAGACAAGAGAUGGAUAUAAAAUAGCCUAAUAACGGGUGUGUUUUCUAUUAGAGUGACAUAAUUCUGCCCGUAUUGGUAUCAUAUGAAAGUAGGUGUGCUGUGUAGUGCUCCACUAAUGGAUGCAUCGCUUUACGAGUUGUAAAUCAUUGGAUUUGCUUUAUAUUGACAAUCUAAGAGAGUAUUAGUUAACAUAACAUUAACAGAAAUAAUACUCGUGCAAUUAUAAUAUGCAUUGUCAGUUAUUAAAACAGUGGUUGUAUUAGAGACAGAUGUGUGAUUUUACUGCUUUCAUGGGAGCUUUUGUUACCUUAGAAUGAGCUGGUUUUAUCUACAGACGCCGCGGGUCUCCUUCCGUGGAGACCGCCAUGUUUAACCGCCAUGUUUUUACAGUAGCCCAGAAGGGACAAUGCAAACAGUGGAUCUAAAUAGGGGCACCGUAGUUUCUCCCUCGCACUUGUUAAGAGAAACAAGUGAGCUGCACACACUGGACCUUUUAAAGGCUGCAUUCUUCUGUCUGUUCAUUGCACCGACUUUAAAAUAAUGUUGCUUUUUCCUUUUAAAAUGUGAUUUCAAAAUAAAUAAAUCUUGGUUUUCAAAUCAA